UUAACGAACGCUACUGACUAGUGUAUAAUUGGUUGCAUAAGUUUAAUAAUUGUCAGAAAGUGGUUUUAAUAAUUUUUCUAAAAGGAAUUGUAUAAAACGACACAAAAACGUUACUCCAAUCAUAAAUUAAUGCCAGUGACAAAAAACAUCAGAAAAGCGUGUUUGGGUACAGUUCUUAAUUUCACAAGUUUUGAGGUUAGGUGAGGUAUCAAGAUGUUUUCAAGAAUCAUAAGUAGGAGUAAAAUUUUAUUGAAACCGCCAGAAUUAGCACAACCAUUCAGAAAUUUCGGUCUUGUCCCAAUUGUGAUUGAACAAACAGGGCGAGGGGAGAGAUCUUACGACAUAUAUUCCCGUUUAUUGAAGGAACGGAUUAUUUGUUUAAUGGGACCGAUAAAUGACCCAAUGAGUUCACUUAUUGUAGCCCAGUUAUUGUUUCUCCAGUCAGAAUCCACAAAUAAGCCAAUACAUAUGUAUAUCAAUUCGCCAGGAGGGAGUGUGACUGCAGGAUUAGGAAUUUAUGACACCAUGCAAUACAUAUUACCACCAAUAGCAACUUGGUGUGUGGGACAAGCUGCAAGUAUGGCUUCACUUCUUUUAGCAGCUGGAAGCCCGGGAAUGCGACAUUCCUUGCCUCAUGCUAGGAUCAUGAUCCAUCAGCCCUCAGGGGGCGCACAGGGGCAGGCAACCGACAUUAAGAUCCAGGCUGAAGAAAUUCUUAAAUUGAAGAGUCAGAUUAAUAAUUUGUAUGUAAAACAUACAGGACUUCCUUUGGAGAAAAUCGAGCGAAGUAUGGAACGUGACAUGUUUAUGAGUCCUGCUGAGGCUCAAAAUUUCGGUAUUAUCGAUAAAAUUUUAACGAGUCCGCCGAAAAAUAAAGUGGGCGGCGGUGAAGACGAAGCGAGUGCCAGUAGUGAUACGUCAGAGAAAAAAUGAUUUCUUUAUUUAUUUAAUGGUUUUAUACGUGAUUGUUAGUUUAUUGGUUGAAUAAAAAACACUUAGAUG